GUCGACUGGAACGACAAGCGCAUGUGGUUCUCAGUCGCAUCAAUCAUCUUCAACCCCACCUUUUGGAACAUCGUCGCCAGAAAAGAGUAUCGCUCAAAGUUCAUCACGCGCAUAUUUAACGGCAAUGGACUCUACGGAUGCUACGCCUUGGCCGCCACCAUCUUCACCCUCGGUUUGAUCCGCGAUGCAAUCUUUAAGAAUGCAAUUGAUCACCAGCCUCAGGCAAAGUGCAUGGAUCAGCUCCCUAUCCAGGCCUUGGGCGUGCUUCUGUUCGCUGUCGGCAACAUCUUUGUCCUCUCUUCCAUGUGGGUCCUCGGAGUCACCGGCACUUAUUUGGGCGAUUACUUUGGCAUCUUGAUGGACGAGCGCGUUACCUCGUUCCCUUUCAACGUCAACGAGAACCCUAUGUACAACGGCACCGUGAUGAUCUUCCUCGGGACAUCCAUUUGGUCCUUGAGCCCUGCCGGAAUUUACUUGUCAUGCAUUGUCCACUUUGUCUACCGCAUCGCCUUGAAAUUUGAAGGUCCUUUCACGACCAAAAUCUACAGCAAGCGCGAGGAGGAGCGUGCAGCUGCCAAG